CAUUUCAGUUCUUGAUGUUAAAAACUUAACUUUAUUCGUCUCUUGAAGGGUGUCGUUUCAUCCCUCUUGAACCGGAAAUUAAUAUACCCUUAAUAUUUGUUUAAAAUCAAAAUCUUGUGUUUGGUAUUUGGAGCUCUACUUCUCAGCAAACGGGGGAGUUACAAUCUCUUAUUGGAAGAGAUUGUGAAUGAACGAAAACCAUUUGUGUCACUGAACAAGAUCGAACACAAUUUGGCUGGCUGUCGGCUUUUAGGAAAAUUAAGUUAUUGUUGCUCUUCUGUUUGUUGUUUAAUAACUUGAAAAACAACAGGUUCUUCAGCUUGUUUGGUGAUGUCCUACGUUCGUAUUCUGGGUGGAACAGCAGCAGUUAGCUGCAGUCUUUAUGCAUAUUACAGAUUUCGUGACAAUGGAAGACAGAAUCCUCUGCUGUCAGUGUCUGCAGCAGAGUCAGGUGUGGCUCAGAGACCAAACAAUCCAUUGCCAUCCAGAUCAGUCCAAAUUGACUCCUUGAAGAACACACCAGAAUUUGAUGUUUUAGUGAUUGGAGGAGGUGCCACUGGAUGUGGGGUGGCUCUGGAUUCUGUCACCAGAGGGUUAAGUACAGCUUUGGUGGAAAUGGAUGACUUUUCAUCUGGAACAAGCAGCCGCAGUACCAAAUUGAUUCAUGGAGGAGUACGCUAUCUACAGAAAGCUAUCAUGAAGCUAGACAGAGAGCAGUAUCGUCUAGUAAAAGAAGCAUUACAUGAAAGAGCAAACCUGUUGGCUAUUGCUCCACACUUGUCUGCACCAUUACCAAUCAUGUUACCUGUCUACAGGUGGUGGCAGCUUCCUUACUUCUGGGCUGGACUUAAGAUGUAUGAUCUUGUCUCGGGGAGACAGCUUCUCAAGAGUAGCUACGUUGUUGGGAAGCAGAGGGCCUUGGAACUUUUUCCAAUGCUCAAGAAAGAGAAAUUGUGUGGUGCUAUUAUCUAUUACGAUGGGCAGCACAAUGAUGCAAGAAUGAAUCUUGCUAUUGGCCUGACAGCUGUCAGGCAUGGAGCAUCAGCUGCCAACCAUGUGGAGGUCCUGUCUCUUCUUAAACAGAAGGUGGAAGGUGCUGAGGAAGAAAGAGUUUGUGGAGCUCAUGUAAGAGAUUUGAUUUCUGGAGAAGAAUUUGACAUAAAGGCUAAAUGUGUUGUGAAUGCAACUGGUCCUUUCACUGAUGCCAUCAGGAAGAUGGAUGAACCAGCGGAAAAAAACAUUUGUCAGCCAAGUGCAGGAGUACAUAUUGUCCUUCCUGAAUAUUACAGUCCAUCGGACAUGGGACUUCUAGACCCUGCCACAAGCGAUGGGCGUGUCAUUUUUUUCCUCCCAUGGGAAGGAAAGACGAUAGCAGGCACUACUGAUACACCAACAGAACUGUCGUUCAACCCCUUACCAAAAGAGGCCGAGAUACAGUUUAUUCUGAGUGAGAUAAGACACUACCUGAGCCCAGACGUUGACGUUCGCCGUGGUGAUGUACUAGCGGCCUGGAGCGGGAUUCGGCCCUUGGUCAUCGAUCCCAACUCCAAAAACACAGAAUCCAUCGCUCGAAACCAUCUGAUUCUUGUCAGCAAAAGUGGACUGGUGACUAUUGCCGGCGGCAAAUGGACAACUUACCGAUCCAUGGCUGUGGACACGAUGGAGGCUGCUAUAAAGGCGUGUGGGCUCAAACCAGCCAGAGAGUGUCAAACAGAUGGACUUUUUCUCGAGGGAGGGGAAGGUUAUUCACCGAAUGACUUUAUACGACUUGUGCAGGACUUUGGUCUCGAAGUGGAGAUUGCCAAACAUCUCUCCCACACUUACGGCAACAAAGCACCAGAAGUAGCCAAGCUUGCCAACAUAACUGGACGUCGGUGGCCAGUCGUGGGGAAACGCCUUUUGGAGCAAUUCCCGUACAUUGAAGCAGAAAUUAAAUAUGCCGUGCAGGAAUAUGCGUGUACGGUGGUUGAUUUUCUCGCCCGAAGAACGCGUCUAGCGUUUUUAAACGCGCAAGCUGCCGCGGACGCCAUUCCGAAGAUUGCCGAUAUCAUGGCGAAGGAACUGAAGUGGUCCAAAGCCAAGAAAGAGGCUGAGAUAGCAGACGCUAACAAGUUUCUCGAAGCCAUGGGAUUAGAGGUUCUUGACCACGUCCGACGCGUGGAGGUCAAUUUCAACAACGACGAAAUCAAAGAAUACGAGAAAAUUUUCCAAAAAGCCAACAAAUCAAAGCGGGGGUGUGUGACCUCGGUCGACUUAAGGAACAUGCUGAAAGCUAUGGGUGAAGAUGUGUCAGAGGAACAUCUUCAUGAAGUCAUAGCAGAGGUGGAUACCAACAGAAACUCGUGUGUCGAACUGGAUGAGUUUUUGCAGGUCAUGAGUGCUAUCAAGACUGGAGCAGUCGCCAACAAUCGGUUUGCCGUCAUUAUAGACCGCCAUCAUAAACACUUGACACGUGAGAUUCCCGUGGAUCGUAGCGGCGGCGGACUAUGACGUGGUCAGUCAAUUAUUUGAGCCAGAGCGCCUUUUUUGGCGCCCAUUUGCCACGCGAUUCAUUACUGACCAAUCACUUUUGUGGUAAAUUACGGUGACUGCGUAAAUAUUUAGCCAAUCAUUAACGGGUUUUUUCCUUCCCUGAAGUACUGAGAAAAUUACUUAACUGGAAAAAUUGGAGGUUUAAUCAAAUUACUUGAGCAAAGGGAAUGAAAAAAACGUCAUGUAUUGAAUCCAUUCUUACUAUAUGCUAUAUUAGUUACCAGUCUAUCCACAACGUCACACUGAAUUGUUUAUAGUUUCCAAAUGAGAAUAAGAACUCGUAUGACGUAACCACUUUUCUCGUUAACCCGUUUGAAGUGUAAAAGUGGAUGUAGACUUUCGGUAACACAAGGGAGGGGAAAAAUUGUCUUGUUUCUGAACAAUAACAAGAAGAGUUUUUUCGAUUUAAUUGUAAUGUUAUUAAUUAAUCAUGUUAUUAUCAAUAAAUUAAUAGCAAUGCUACUUUGCUAGUAACACGCGAUUCUCGCCUCCUAAUAGCACAUUCGGAGUAAUGAAGCAUCGAACGGCUAAGCACACUUUUUUUCUUUUCCUAUGAUUUGUCGCUUUUACUUCGUCAAAAUAUGCUUGUACAUGCAUAGACUAUUAAUAGCAAUAAGUAAAAGUUUAUAGGUACGUGAAACGACGCUAAGCCACUAUUUGUAUCCUAGUGGUAACAAUAAAAAUGUGUGUAUUUUUUGUUUAA